AUGCCCAUCGCGCUGGAGGUGGGGCUCUGCAGCCCCCCAGAACCUCCCCACGGCGCCGCCGAGCUGGACGAAAUCGGAACUGAGGUGCUGCCCCGCCGGACGCCUGCUCCCGCCUGGCUCCCCACUGCCAAAGGUGAGGAAGGGGACUUCUGCCUGCGUUCGUCAGACUGUGCGGCCGGGCUGUGCUGCGCCCGUCACUUCUGGUCCAAAAUUUGCAAGCCAGUGCUGCGGGAAGGGCAGGUGUGUACCCGGCACCGUCGGAAAGGCACCCACAGCCUGGAGAUCUUCCAGCGGUGCCAGUGCGCCGAGGGGCUGGCGUGUCGCCUCCAGCGAGAGCACGGCCCCACUGAUGCCUCCCGCCUGCACACCUGCCAACGGCACUGA